UUUUCGCGGUUGCCAAUCCGUAUCUUUGAUAAGAAGAUAAUCUUGCAUUAUAAUUUGUUAUAAGAUGCUUGCAACAUUUUCAAAAUAAUUUCAUUUAUAGUUAUAGCAUAUAAUACUCAAAAAAUUUUGUCUACAUACUAAGAUACGAUCAUUCAGAGGUUCUGUACAUAAAAUACUAAAUGUUUACUUGUAAAAGAUUAUUGCAGCAAUUAGUACUUGGUUCUCUUAGAAAGAAAUGUUUAAAAUCAUAUAAUAUUAAUGGAUAUCAUUUAUCAAAAUUAAAAAAUUUAACAACAUUUAGUUUUCGGAAAAAAACAGAAUCUAUAUCAUUUACAGAUUUACAAAAAAAUGAAAAUGAUUGUGAUAUUUUUGGUACACUGAGUAAUAAAAUAGAACAUAAUGAUAAAUUGGAUUCUCUACCACCUGAACCAGAUGAUAAAAUAGAAUAUGAAAAAAGUGAACAAAAAAGAAGAUUAUACAUUACUGAAUAUCAUAAGAUAAUUCAGGACUUUAUUAGUCAAAACAAAUUAUCUGAAGCUAUUGAUGUACUUGAAACAAGAAUGUUAAAAGAUGAGAAGGUUAGGCCAGAUUACUAUGCUUUUAAUUUAUUAAUUAGUUCGUGUGGCAGAGUAGGAUAUGUUCAAAAAGCAUUUAGUUUAUUCAAUCAAAUGAAAAAAAUUGGUGUCAAAACUACACCUGCUACAUAUACUUCUUUAUUCAAUGCCUGUUCUAAUUCACCUUAUAAAGAUGAUGCAUUAAAAAGGGCUAAAAAAUUACAUAAUUUAAUGACACUAAAAUGUAUUGAACCAAAUAUUUUCAACUAUCAUGCUAUGAUUAAAGCAUUCGGUAGAACUGGAGAUUUAUUGACAGCUUUUUCUUUAGUGGAUGAAAUGGUAACCAAACAGUACAAGUUGAAAGAUGAAACUUUUAAUUUUCUUUUACAAGCAUGCAUAUCUGACAAAAAAGCUGGUUUUAGACAUUGUCUUCUUGUUUGGCGAAAAAUGAUUUCUAAACAUGUUAGACCAUCAUUGUAUUCGUAUAAUCUUUUAUUAAAAUGUACCAGAGAAUGUGGUAUUGGCGAUGAAUUUGAAACUCGCAAAAUAAUUGGCCAAAUUGUUAAUGAUCCUCACUUAUUAAAUCAAGAAAAAAGUUAUGAUGAAGUUAACAAGCAACACCUUGAUUAUAGAAAUUCAAGUCAUCACUAUACUAUAAAUAAUAAUAAUAAUGAAAUUUUAAUUAUUGACAAUCGACCCAAUCUCUUAGAUAGGAAGCCAUACUUUGGAAACAUUGUUAGCAUAAAUGAUAUAAAAAAUCCAGCUGAUAGGUUAAUGUUACUGGGUGGAUGUUCAGGAUUUUUAAAAAAUAUGAAAUUUAAUAAAGUUAAGCCAGACAUCAAAAUAUUUACCCAACUAGUAGAAGCUAUACCUUCAACACUAACAGCUGAACAAAAUCUAUUGCUUGAAAUAUCCAAGUCUGACAUUCAACUUGACAUUGAUUUCUGCAAUAUAUUAAUUAAAAAAAGGAGUUUAAGAUGUGAUUAUGAAGAAGCAAAAAAUGUUUUAAGUCUAAUAAGUUCUGAGGACCUAAGUGUAGACAUAGUUACAUUUGGCGUUUUAGCUUUGGGUUGUAAAAAUAAAUUUCAAGCUAAGGAUCUCAUAAAAUCAAUGGUUGAUCAUGGGUUUCGAGUCAAUGCAGAAAUAUUGGGUACCAUGCUCGGACAAGCUUGUUAUCAUUAUAAUUUUGGGUAUGUCAUUUAUACUAUGAAUAUGAUUAAACAUGAAGAAAUCAAACCUAAUAAUAUUUUCAUGGAACGUUUAAAAAGUUUUGAUGAAAAUAUAAAAAGUUUAAUGAAAAAACGGGAAAAUAAAGAUGAAAAAUCCUUAGAUUUUGUUCAUAGUUAUUACUUUAAAGAAGGAUAUAGAAAAUUUCAAAACUUUUACAAAAAGUGGAUUAGCGAGGUUAAUGUAGAAGAAAAUCUUCUACCUUGGGAUCAAUUCCGCAAACAAAAAUAAUCAGAUAAAUAUCCAUCAUCAAUUCAAUGUAUGCAAAAACACAAUGACAAAUUUUGUGUAAUGUUAUCUAUUUUUGUAAAAAAACUUUUAUGAAUAAAAAAUCCUACAAAAUCUA